AUGGCCAGUCCAGCAGCCAUGCAGAAAUCAUUGUUACUAGCCAAACAGUGCCCUGGGAUUGCGCGAACAGCCUGCGACGUGUUCUUGAGCCACAGGAAGAUUGACACGGCAAGAACCAUCGUAGGGUUGCUGUACGAGAAUCUGAGGUUGGUGAGAGUGAGAGCCUUCUUAGACACAGAGAACAUGAAACCAGGAAACAGGUUGGUGGAUCAUAUAGACAAGGCCAUAGGUGAGUGUAAGGUUGGUGUCACUGUCUUCUCUCCUGCUUACUGUGAUUCCUUCUUCUGUCUGCACGAGCUUGCUCUUCUCAUGGAAUCCAAGAAAAGAGUGAUCCCAGUUUUCUACGACAUCGAGCCCUCGCAGCUUCAGAUUAAGCCCUCCAGAAGAUUCACUCUUGAAGAGCACCGAAAGUUUAGUUCAGCAUUGGAAGAGGCUAAGUCUAUUCGAGGAAUCUCCUUCGAUCCCUUAAAUGGGUAUAUCAAUAAGUUCCUUUUCUACUAA